AUGGAGGGCAACGCUAGCACUCGUGCAGCGUCCCUGUCUACAGAGGAACUCGGGAGAAUGGAGCAAGCUAGCACCCGUGCAGCGCCCCCAUGUGAGGAAGAGAUUCUCUGGAGGUUGCAGCAACACUUAGCCCAACAGGAUGGGCCUGUAUCAGAGGAGGGCAUACUGGUCUGGAGAGAUGCCACUCGGACGGAGCUGUGGUAUGAGGUCUUAGAGGAUGUGCAGUGGCAGCAGAGAGAGAGCCUUCCCAGUGAAGAACAACGGUUCCAGAUACACAUGGCCCUGCAGAAUAAAAUAAAAGGAGAGCAACUGCUGGAUGAGUGGGUAACGGAACUGUGGGACCUGACCUGGAAAGAGCUGUGGUUGGACGAGGCUUACCGGGCACCAAAGUGGUACGCCAACCGGCGCGACCAUUGGAUGACUGUAGACAGUAUGCCGGCGGGUGAGGACUACAAUGACCCAGGCUUACUGCGAUGCUUCUAUAUUUGGAUUGUGAGCAGUACUGAGCCAAUUUGGCCCCGAUGGCAGAGAACAUCCAGUGGCUUACAUCAGUUGCGAGCCGUUACCUCGGGAAUGGAAUGUCUCUUUAAGAAAACAUAUGUUGACAUUCAUUUUAAUGGAGAAAAUGCGGAAUUAGAGUUUCUUAAAAUCUCAAACUUGGUCAGAAAUGACAAUGAGGCAUUCGAGGACUAUGAAUAUUUUCAUCAAGGAGACUUCAUAAUCGGUGGACUUUUCACUGUAAAUUCAGCAGCACGUCAAUUUAAGUUUAACAAAAACCCCAGAAAACAUAUUGUUUGCUUAAGGCCUUCCCGUCGUAAUUACGUAAAUGUUCUCCUAUUUAUUUUUGCCAUUAAAGAAAUUAAUACAAAUCCUGAUAUUUUACAAAAUAUUACUCUGGGAUACCAUGCAUAUGAUACAUGUUUAGACACGAGGAAGGCUGUGAAAAGUGUUUUACAGAUAUUGUCCGGACCAGGGAAGAUUGUCCCUAAUUAUUCUUGUCUGGACCGUGGAAUGCUGGUAGGAUUUAUCGGUGAUCACUAUUCAAUCACUACCCUGCCCAUUGCUCAAAUACUGGGUGUCUAUGGCUAUGCUCAAAUUAGUUAUGGAGCCACAGACUACGUACUAAGUGAUAAACAGGUUUAUCCACAUUUUUUCCGAAUGCUUCAGAAUGACCAUGUCCAUCACUUGAUAAUAGCCAAACUUCUGAAAUACUUUGGCUGGACCUGGGUUGGAAUUAUUGCAUCACUGGACAUAUCUGGGCAGCAAGAGAGUAGAAGUCUAACAAAUUACAUGAUAAGUUAUGGUAUUUGUGUGGCUUACACACUACAGAUUAAUAUAGACCUAAUACAAAAUGGAAGAGUGUCAAUGCCAGUUGUUCAGAUGUCUUCUGUUCAAGUUGUUAUAAUUUGUGGAUCAUUUUCUUUAGCUGUUGUUAAUGUGUUAAAACGGAGGGAUGUGCUUCAGGAUCAAACAAUAAUUUUUUCAACUUCCUGGGCCUCCAACAGUUAUCUCCUGGACAGUUUUACACAAGAAUUUUAUUUUAGUUUAGCUAUAGAGCUUUAUCCAAUUACAAUUCCAGGAACUGAGCUGUUCUUUAAUGAUAUACACUCUUUGACAUUUCCAAAUGACAUGUUACUUGAAGAACUUUGGCUGAUAGACUUUUACUGUUUGUUGUCAAAUACAUCAAAGCAUGCUCAGCUUGCACCUCUUCUUAACAUACCUCUUCGGAACUGCACUGGGAAGGAGAGGAUAGACACUAUAAAAAACUAUCUGUUUCUAGGAGUUUCUCCUCGAGUGUUCUAUGCAGUAGAAAUCAUUUCGAGAGCUUUGAAUGACAUGAAUUUAUAUUUUAAAUAUUCAUACUGUAAAAAAACUAAGUUCUGUGAUUAUCAUGGUAAGUUACAUCACUUCAUAAGAAAUAUGAAAUAUAAAUUUGAUUUAGAAAAUCUUGUAAACUUCUUUGAUGAAAAAGGAGAAUUUGUCUAUGUUUACAUGAUAACAAACUGGAUAAAUGUUGGGAAAACCAUCAUGGAUGUUAAUGUUGGUAACUUCACACCGUGGGCUCCCCAUGGCCAGCAGCUAAUUAUCAAUAAACAGGCCAUAUCAUGGAAGACCAAAGACAACACGAUUCCAGUGUCACAGUGCAGCAAAAAAUGCUUGCCUGGCUACAGAAAAGUCCAAACGUCUUCAAUCCACCACUGCUGUUAUGACUGUGCCCCAUGUUCACAGGGAGAAAUAUCAAAUGUAACUGACAGUAACGCCUGCAUAAAAUGCACAGAGUAUGAAUGGCCCAAUGAGAAGAAAGACCAUUGUAUUCCCAAAGAGUUGGACUUUCUCUCCUACACGGAUGAUGUGUUGACAGCAGUUUUUGCACUGACUUCAGUUCUAUUUUGUUUUAUAACUCUUUCUGUAUUCGUUAUUUUUGUUUCAUACAGAGACACCCCGAUUGUCAGAGCCAAUAACCAGAACCUCAGUUUCGUUCUACUUGUCUCCAUCAUGUCAGGCUUUCUUUGUGUAUUUUUGUUCCUUGGUCGUCCUGUUGAUAUAACUUGUGUGUUACGUCAAGUCUCUUUUGGAAUUAUCUUUUCAAUAGCUAUCUCCUCAGUGUUGGCCAAGACUAUUGUAGUUUAUAUUGCUUUCAAAGCCACCAAACCUGGGAACAAGUGGAAGAAAUGUAUUGGAGUCAAAGUGCCCAAUCUUAUAGUUUUAUUCUUUUCAUCAAUUCAAGUUAUAAUAUGUAUCAGUUGGCUAGCUGUUUCUCCCCCUUUUCAGGAGCUGGACACAUAUUCUUAUCAAAGGAAGAUCAUAAUUCAGUGUAAUGAAGGAGUGGUUUAUGCCUUUUAUGCUGUCCUGGGUUAUAUGGGUACUUUGACUGCGGUUAGUUUCAUUUCAGCUUUUUUAGUCAAGACAUUGCCGGACAAUUUCAAUGAAGCCAAGUACAUCACUUUCAGCAUGCUGGUGUUCUGCAGUGUUUGGAUUGCAAUGGUCCCAGCCUACCUGAGCACCAAAGGGAGAUAUAUGGUGGCUGUGGAGGUUUUCGCCAUACUGGCUUCAAGUGUUGGACUUUUAGGCUGUUUGUUUUUUCCAAAAUGCUAUGUAAUUGUGUUUAAGCCAGAAAAUAAUUCUAAGAUGUAUUUGCGUAGAAGUCAAAUUAAUUAG